UGUUGUCUGGGUGGCGCGGUCGAGUCAUCGCUGGGCCUCACCGCUUGUUUCUUCCAUCCCAGCCCCCCGCCCCGGUGCGGGGGGUCGAUCAGCCGAGCGCGGCGGGAGGCGACGCGGACCUUUCCUAUCAUUUUGUCUUGGCCAGCGACCUGUCUACCAGCGCUGGGGCCUGGGGUCCUUGGGGCCCGCGAGGCCCGGUCUGAGGGGCCUGGGCCUACGCUGGCCCGCCGCGGGGCCCCAUGAGGCAUAGCCUGACCAAGCUGUUGGUAGCCUCGGGCAGCGAUUCCCCGUCCCGCAGUGAGAGCCCGGCGCCGGCCGCGACCUGUUCUCUGCCCCUGGACCUGACCCGGGCGGCAGCAAGCGAGGAGGAGACGGCGGCGGCCGGAUCGCCCGGCCGCAAGCAACCGCACCGCGACGAGGGCGAGUUGGAGGCCGGGAGGGGGAGCCGCGACGGCGUGGCCGUGCGCGCGCCCUCGCCCGAGGAGAUGGAGGAAGAGGCUAUUGCCAGCGUCCCUGGGGAAGAAACGGAGGACAUGGACUUUCUGUCUGGGCUGGAACUGGCGGAUCUGCUGGACCCCAGGCAGCCGGACUGGCACCUGGAACCCGGGCUUAGCUCGCCUGGGCCUCUCUCCUCAUCUGGCGGAGGCUCCGAUAGUGGCGGCCUGUGGAGAGGGGACGAUGACGACGAGGCUGCGGCCGCUGAGAUGCAGCGCUUUUCUGAUCUGCUCCAGAGGCUGUUAAACGGUAUCGGAGGCUGCAGCAGCGGCAGUGACAGUGGCAGCGGGGAAAAGAGGCGGAGAAAGUCUCCUGGAGGAGGAGGCGGUGGCGGCAGCGGCAACGACAACAACCAGGCGGCGACCAAGAGUCCCCGGAAGGCGGCGGCGGCCGCUGCCCGUCUUAAUCGGCUGAAGAAGAAAGAAUAUGUGAUGGGCCUGGAGAGUCGAGUCCGGGGUCUGGCAGCAGAGAACCAGGAGCUGCGGGCCGAGAAUCGGGAGCUAGGCAAACGCGUCCAAGCACUGCAAGAGGAGAGUCGCUACCUACGGGCAGUCUUAGCCAACGAGACUGGACUGGCUCGCUUGCUGAGCCGGCUGAGCGGCGUGGGACUGCGGCUGACCACCUCGCUCUUCAGAGACUCGCCCGCCGGUGACCAUGACUACGCUUUGCCGGUGGGAAAGCAGCAGCAAGACCUGCUGGAAGAGGACGACUCCGCGGGAGGAGUGUGUCUUCAUGUGGACAAGGAUAAGGUGUCGGUGGAGUUCUGCUCGGCGUGCGCUCGGAAGGCGUCGUCUUCUCUUAAAAUGUAGGGUCAAGUAAUCUGCUCUUUAUCCGCGUUUACCCCUUUCAACUCCCUUACACCAUGUAAAACACCUUAGUGGGACAUCUUCACUGGACACAUUACAGAGGAGGAAAAAAAAGUAAUAAUGAAUCCUUUAAGUGUUUAGCUAAAAGCAUGAAUGUGACACUGUAACCAACUCCUAAUGAUAACCUGUGACUAUUAAAUCUCUCUGACAGUUUCUUUUUUAGGUGAUUUCCUUCCUGCCAGGCUCCGUUGUAGGGGUUACAGAACAGUCGUUCCCGCCUCACAACCUGUGGAUACAGCUGUUGGGGCAGAAGAGACGGGACCAGCUGCUGGCCACAUUUCCUGCUUUAUUUUAAAAGGUAGUAUAAGAAAUGAGGAAAAAGAGGUAACAUCAGGGCUUCUGCUGUCUUUUAUUUUUGAAAUGUUCAUAAUUAAAAAAUAUUUUCCAGCAGUCCAAAGAUGUAAGUUAUCUUACACAUGUUUUAUUUUGUUGUUAUUUGGUUAUGGAAAUGGACUCUUUGUUCUUGCACAACUGUAAAUGUUUUUUGCUAGAUAAUACAGCUUGAGACCUAUAUUGGUCUCGGUUUCCAGUGCAUCACAGCAUAUUUUGUAAAAUCAUCUACUGCACUUCAGCAUGAAUGGGUAGUAGCCAAACUCACAACCUGGAAUAAUGAACCUGCUUAUAUAAGGGCAGGAACAAGCCCCUCACAAUGCAGCUGCAUGGAUUUUUAGUGCCUACUGAAUUUUUAUAUAUAUAUAUAUAUAUAUAAGUAUAUAUAUAUAUGUACACACGCAUACACACACACACAUAAACCAAAAGUAAUUGGAAAAGAUUAUUUGAAAUGACUAAUUUGUGCUAUCUUUAUGAAAUAUGUUAAAUGUAGCUUUUUGAAAGAGAAGCCUUGAAUUGAAAUUUAACUAAUACUUGAACAUUUUUGUAUAUAUUUCUUUGUAUAUAAUUUUGUGCAGUACCAAUGACAAAAAUACGGUGUCAUAAUAAAACCAGGUUUGUUGAUCUUUCAGUCAUGGGCUCAAAGAAUUUAUUCAUCUCUAACAUGACCUUGGAAAAUAAUGAGUGAAAAUAGGAAAAAAAUGAUUGUUGUUAAUGCCGACUCUGGGUCUUAAUCAAAAGGUUCUGGAAGCAGUAAGUUCGUUUUUCUAAAAAUUAUACCAUUCCCUUGGAAUAUUUUCUUCCUAACAUCCGUGCUUUUACUGCAUUAUUUGAAGUUGGGGGCUGGGGAGAAACAGUAAUCAAAGCUUUCUGAAUUGGGAUGUUUUGAAAUUCCAAGUAUAGAUUUUUAGAAUGUCAUUUUAUAAAUGGCAAUUUGGGGAAUUACUUGAUUAAGAACUUUUGAAAAUGGAAAGAUUAGUAUUAUUUUUAAAGCUGCUUUGUUAGGUUUCUUGUGUUUUAUUAACUGUCUUUUCUCAGUUUCCAUUUCAUUAUUUCUUUUCUAGUUUUGGUGACUUAGUGAUUUUUGUCAUUUUUUUACAUCAACUCAUGGUCUUGUUUUUACAUGGUAAUUGCAUGUAUUUAGGACCUAUCUAACAGGGCUUUAAAUAAAUUUGGUCAUAUUUAUGUGUAAGCACAUUUUACUGUAAAUGUUUGGGUUUCUGAAUUUACAACAGAUGUUUAUUUCAGUAUGUAGUAAACAGUAUCUUAAAGUGUCCUAUUCACUACUUGUUAAUUAAAAAAGUUAUGAUUAAUAUGAAACUGUUGUCUUACUAUUUUUAGAAAAUUGUGUUCUGAAUGAUUAGUAUUUGGAUAAAGGAGAUUUCUGGAAUAUAAAAUGAUUGUUUGACAUUUUCAGGUUUGGUUAUGUUUACUUUAAUGGUUAGAAACAAUUUAGUAUUUGGGGAACUUUUGUCCUUUUUUCCCUUAAUUGUGCCUCUAUGGUAAAAUGAUAACAGACUAAAGAUUUAACUUUUGAAUACGGUAGCAGAAAUUCAUACAUUAAUUGAACUAACACAUCAUAUUGACCUAUUUCUAUCAUAUUGACUUACUGUUUUCUGCACUUCCUUGACCAGACUUAACUAAAAUGUAAUCACACCUCUGAUAUAUCCAAAGAAGUGUUCAAAAUAUUUUAAAUAUUUGUGCAUUUUAUAAUCACUAAAUUAAUCUCUCUCUCUUCUCUUUAAACAGCAUAGCAGUAUCUGCAAAAACGAAUCUUUUCCUACAACCUGUUAACUGACUGGACUGAUGGUAACAAAGUAAUUGUGGGAGCCAUGUCGGUCAAAAAUUUGGCAUCUGCUGAAAAACAUGAAUGCCAUUUUCAAGUUCCCAAAUUACUUCUAUACUGAUUUCACUUUCCAGAAAUGGAGAUAUGAAAAGAUUCUCUGGAAUGCUUGAAAGACUUAAUAGAAAUACAUGAGACUAAGUUAAUUUUGGAACAAAAUUAUACUUUUCUUUCAUGGGAGUGAUACUCAGUUCUUUGCAUACUUUUUAAACAUUGUAACCAUUGGAGAAGAGAAUUAUAGUAUUUGAUCAAGAAAUAUAUUCGAUUCUUUAAUAAUCAAGAGCACAUUCUAUAGAAUUACAUAUAGUGGACUAGAAUUACAUAAACAGGCCAUCAGUGAUUACAAAGCAUAUAAAGAGUUUGUAUUUAUUUCCUGGAACAUAAGAGCUAAUUUGGAGGACAGAUAGACAUCUUGCAGAGUAGAAUAUAAAAGUUAAUGUAAAGUUCUUAACUAUAAAAAGUAGUUUUGUUUAAAUAGAUGCAUUGAUUUGCCUGUAAAUUUUGAAAAAAUUAUGACAAAAUGUAUGGGUAGUUAUUUGCAAUGUAGGGUAACACUAGGAUGUGUGGAUUCUUGAGAUCGUGGAUUCUUGAGCUUUUUCUGAGUACUUGAUACUGUUUUUGUUUUUUUUUAAUAUUGAGGUUUCUCGUGAGUUUCUACUGUUUUAUAUUAAAAUCUGUAGUGUUAUAUAAGGGCUUUAGUAUUCUGGAUAAUGGGAGUGGCUUUUUCGUGGCAUAUGGUUGUUUUUACAAUAUUUUUCUGGUUGUAAGUAUGAAAAAAACUCAAAAACUCUUGAUUGUUUUAUCUCAUUUUUGUUGGGUUAAUACAUUUUCUCACCUGG